AUGGGCCCUAUGACCGGUCAACACUGCAGUUUGAGCCAUUUUAGCAUGGCAUGGUCAAUAAAACUACAAACAGAUCUAGGCCAAAAUAAUGGUAGAAAUAUUCUACCACCUACAAAACCGCCAAACAUUCAAGUUCAGUGGUGGUACUAUAUUUCAUUUCAGUUGCUUAAUCCAGUUACAGAAGCAUCGACAUGCAGGAUAAAUAUUUUGUCGAAAUCAGGGUAA